CAAAGACUGUUAUAGACCAGGUCCUCUCUGAACUUCACUUUAUAUUAAGUACAGAAUCUCUGCCUUUGACAAAAGCUACAGUUUCUGAUGUUUUUCAGAGCCAUAAUCUACAAAUUGAAGAUUCAGUCGUUGACGAGCUUUCCAAUGUCAUAUGUAAGACUAAUGCAUUAGGUGUAGCAAUUGCAAAGGAUAGUCCUCUUGCUACUGCUUAUAAGCGUAAAGAAUAUUAUAAAGCUCAUUUUAGGAUUGUGGAGCCUGUUGAAUACAUACUAGAUACCCAAAAGAAAAGGUCAUUUCAAUAUAUACCACUGUUACAAUCUUUGCAAAAUUUGCUCUCUGACGAAGGCAUCUGUGAUCAUCUUAAAACUCCAGGUUUGCAAAACAACCCAACCACAUCUUGUUUACAAGAGUAUCGAAGCAUAAGAGAUGGGGACUACUAUAAACAAAACAACUUUCUGUCAGGUGAAGGCUUUAGAAUAGCACUACAUCUUUAUGUAGAUGAUUUUGAAGUCUGCAAUCCUUUGGGGACAUCUCGUAAAAAGCACAAACUCUGUGGUGUCUACUGGGUGUUGGGAAAUUUGCCACCAGGUUCACAUUCAAAAUUAAGCUCAAUUUAUUUAGCUGUUCUUUCCAAAUCUGAUGACAUUAAGACAUAUGGCUAUGAAAAACUGUUAGAACCACUCUUGCAAGAUUUGAGUAUACUAGAGCAGCACGGAGUUUUUAUUUCCCAAAUUGGUCAGUUUGUUAAAGGUACAGUACAAUGUGUUAUUGCUGACAAUCUUGGUGCGCAUGGAUUAGCUGGAUUUGUUGAGAGUUUUUCUGGUGGGUCAGUCUGCAGAUUUUGUACAGGAGAUAAGUCAGAAUUUCAGACCAAAGAUGUGAAGUCUGGUGCCUUCCGGCUUAGAACCCGAGAUAUUCAUGAUGUUCAUGUCCAAUCUGCCCAGGAAAGUGCAGCAAUUUGCUGCGGUGUAAAGAAACAGUGUGUUUUAACAGAGAACCUCUCCCAUUUUCAUGUAAGCACUGGAUAUCCUCCUGAUAUUGUGCACGACCUCUUUGAAGGUAUUGUGCCAGUUGAACUUGCACGCUGUAUUUCCUUAUUGAUCUCAAAAAAAUACUUCACUCUUGAUUUACUUAACACAUUGAUUCAGACGUUUCCAUUCAAAUGGGGAGACAAAACCAAUCGCCCACAUGCCAUACCGCGUUCUUUCACAUCCACUAACACCAUAGGCGGAAAUGCUCAUGAAAAUUGGACGUUGUUGCGAUUUCUUCCCUUUUUCAUUGGGUCUAUUGUACCAGAAAAUGAACCAUCAUGGCUGUUGAUUCUGGACCUGAAGGACAUUGUUGAGUUGGCAGUAGCCCCUGUACACACAAGUGAAACCAUUGCAUAUCUUGAGGCUAAGAUCUAUGAUCACAGACAACGCUAUCUUGAACUCUUUCCACAUGUAAAGCUCCUGCCAAAACAUCACUUUUUAGAGCAUUAUCCGCAAAUGAUACGCUGCUUUGGGCCGCUGGUAGCACUAUGGACUAUGAGGUUCGAGGCUAAGCAUAGCUUCUUUAAACAGGUUGCUCGAUAUACAAACUGUUUUAAAAAUAUACCUCGUUCACUAGCUACUAAACAUCAAUUUAUGCUAGCCUAUGAAACGCAUGGCUCCAACUUAAAGAAGUCAUCCUUGGAAGUCUCAGAUAUUUCAGUUCUGCCUAUGGAUGUCCUUAGUGAGGAAGUUAGGUCAAAACUAAAUCAAAAAUACCCAGAAACUACUGAGGUUCAUAUGGCAAAACAUUUGUCGUACAGUGGCAUAUGUUACAAAACAGGGAUGCUUAUUGUGCAUGGAUCUGCAGAUGGACUUCCGAAAUUUAAUGAGAUAAUUCAGCUGUGCAUUGUAAAGGAUAAUCCAAUUUUUAUAGUUAGAGGUGUUUGUGCUUGGUACCGAGAGCAUUACGGUGGCUUUGAAUUAUCGGAGUCUCCCACUAGAGAGGUUGGCCUAAUUGAGCUUGGUGACUUGGAGGACCCAUAUCCCCUUGUGGCGUACAUCGUAGCGGGUUUGCGCAUGGUCAUUUUGAAAAGAUUUGUCCUUGUUAAAGAUCAGGACUGAAGGUGUUGGUGUUUGGAACAGGGAGCAUUCUGUUGGCUUUGAACUGUGAUUCCCCACUAGAGAGGUUGGCCUGAUUGAGCUUGGUGACUUGAAGGACAUGACUCCGCUUGUGGCGUACUUUGUCAUUAUUAAAGAUCAGAACUGAAGGUGUUGGUGCUUCAUACAGGGAGCAUUCCGUUGGCUUUGAACUGUGAUUCCCCACUAGAGAGGUUGGCCUGAUUGAGCUUGGUGACUUGAAGGACCCGACUUCACUUGUUGCGAACAUUGUCAAGGAUCAGGACAGGAGGUGUUUAACUAUGUCCAAUCCAGCUGUUCUACGGGUCAUUUUUGGUGAUGGAACUGACUCCAGGAAAUUGCACAUGGUUUCUGGAAUUCCAAAAACUGUGGACGAAGUACAUGAUCUUGUGAAAGCAAGCUUUCAAUUGCAUCAAGACUUUCGUUUGCAGUAUAUGGAUUCUGACUUCAAAGAGUUCAUGAAUCUCACCUCAGUGUCUGAAAUCCAAAAUAUGGGGACACUCAAAGUAAUCUACACACCACUCGAGGAGCCCUACAUCUCUUUAUACACAGUGGAACCAACUGCUUUGUGUUCCCCAGUCCCGAACACUGAGAGUUCAUCAUUGGCCUCAUCAAGCAGUGAUGCCACCUUGUGUACAUCAACUCCACACUCUUCCCCAGAGGUUCAUACAUCAGGAUUGUCCUGGCCCCUGGUUUUUGUUGUCCCAAAGUUUUCCUAUGAAGCGGAACUGGAGCUACAACAAAAGAACACUGAAUUUGAAACAAAGGGAACAUACUUCAAUCCUGGCCCGAAACUUAAAGGAAUCAUCCUUGAUGGCCUGGCACAAGAGAUGAUGAAAUACACCAAGUAUCCGAAGGAUUACCAGUGUGAGGAAGUAGCAGCUGCUUUGACAAAGGCCCAUCCUUGCUUGGGGCAGUUAGGAUGCAAGUCAGGGUUUUCUGGAUGGAAGCAGUCUUUAAAAUACAAAAUGCAAAAUUACAGAACCAAACUUGGGAGACUUGGGCACCCCGAAAUUCGAGUCAAUUCCUUAAAACAUAAACGCGAAGGCCAAGGGAAAUCUGCUGCUCAUAUCAAAAAGCCUAGAAAGGCUGAAGUGAAUUACAUCCCACUACAUCCCAAAGGUGAAACUGAAGACAGUCUGGAGAGUGAACGAAUUGCAUUGCUGACAGAAGUAGCCAAGCGUGACAACGAAGCUGUAAUAAAAGCCAAGAUGGAGAAAACCUUCUCCUACAGACGACAAGAAGUUGUGAACCAGAGGCCCAGGAUAGAGGAUUUCAAAAACCGAUGGCCUGCCCUUUUUGAGCAGAGUGAAGUAAAUGCAGAGUUCUUGCGAGUCACAACCAAACCACUUCGAUCCAAGUUCCUCUCCCAGUUUGACAACUUCACAGCGAAACUGAUGCAGAUCCUCCAGAGCAAAGGAGGUGUCAAGGGACAAAGGAUCAAGCGCAUCCUGGAAAUGGCCGAUUCGUAUAGCGACAUCGACUUGAGGAGGGAGUGCGUCCUGCGCAGUCUGGUUGUCUAUCUAAAUGAAGACCCAGAUGCGUUUUUCAAGGAAUAUGAGUCCACUGAGGAGGCAGAAGGGGACAUCACAGCCACAGUCAUGGGGAUUUACAGCAUCAGGAGCCAGGGACAUCAAGAGCCAGAUGACGUUGGAGUGGUAAUCGAGGGUGUCAAAGUUGUGCACAACAUCAGUACCGUCAUCAACGCUUUCAUUGUCCUGUUUGGGCUGAUUUAUGCCCUUGAUCUUGCCUACCCAGACAGCAUGAAGUACACGUUCGAAUUUGUCCAGAAGAUUCUCAUGAACCUGGAUGGACACAAGCUUAAUGUGAAAAUUCAGCAACUGAAAAUCAAGCUAUUUGUUUAAGAGGCUAUCCACUUUCAGCUUUUUGUGUAUUACAAAGUCCCCCCCCUCAAUUCACAUUGAAAGUAGGAUGCUCCAUGCCAACGCCCUGCUACAGACUACUCACCAGCGUACACGCACACAGACCACAAAGUUACCCUUUUUGCUAUACCCAUGGAGUCCUGUGGGUAACACUUUUUGGGCUACACUGAAGAAGUGUUUUCUUGAUGUUCAUGUUCAGAGCAGGAUGCUCCAUGCCAAUGCCCUGCUACAAUGUCCUGACUUGUCACCAGAGACCAGUGCGUACACAUACACUCUCUUAUAAUUUUGGAUAUGUGGGGAACACAUUUUUGUCCAUACAAAUGUAGUGUUUUUCUUGAUUAUUUGUAAUGAUUAGUCAUUCACAUUCAAAGCCACACUAUAGACUACACACCAGAGACCCAUGUGCAUGCACACACGCACACUGUUGUAUUUUUUUUUGCUAUUUACUAUGUGGUUGGUUAACACAAAUUUUCUUGUGUUUUACUUUGACUAUUUGUGAUGUUUAUCAUCCCUUAAUUGAUGUUGAAAGCAUUCUCCAUGCCAAUGCCCUGCUACAGACUACUCACCAGCGUACACGCACACAGACCACAGAGUUACCCGUUUUGCUAUACCAAUGGAGUCCUGUGGGUAACACUUUUUGGGCUACACAAGUGUUUUCUUGAUGUUCUUCAUGUUCAGAGCAGGAUGCUCCAUGCCAAUGCCCUGCUACAAUGUCCUGACUUGUCACCAGAGACCAGUGCGUACACAUACACAAACACAUACACUCUCUUAUAAUUUUGGAUAUGUGGGGAACACAUUUUUGUCCAUACAAAUGUAGUGUUUUUCUUGAUUAUUUGUAAUGAUUAGUCAUUCACAUUCAAAGCCACACUGUAGACUACACACCAGAGACCCAUGUGCAUGCACACACGCACACUGUUGUAAUUUUUUUUGCUAUUUACUAUGUGGUUGGUUAACACAAAUGUUCUUGUGUUUUUCUUUGACUAUUUGUGGUGUUUAAUCAUCCCUUAAUUGAUGUUGAAAGCAUUCUCCAUGCUAAUGCCCUGCUACAGACUACUCACCAGCGUACACGCACACAGACCACAGAGUUACCCGUUUUGCUAUACCCAUGGAGUCCUGUGGGUAACACUUUUUGGGCUACACUGAAGAAGUGUUUUCUUGAUGUUCUUCAUGUUCAGAGCAGGAUGCUCCAUGCCAGUGCCCUGCUACAGACUACUCACCAGCACACACGCACGCACACCAUUUUUUCUGCGUGCGUGUGUGCUGGUGAGUAGUCUGUAGCAGGGCACUGGCAUGGAGCAUCCUGCUUUCUUCUGGACAAAUUUGAAAGUCUAAAUACUCUACUUGAAACAAUAGAUUUUUGAAAUUGUUAAGGAGAGAAAAAGUUUUUUUUUUUUUUUUUUUUACUUAAAAUUGACUAGAUGUUUAUACUUGAAACUAGAAAAAUAAGCUUGCUUAGAUUUAAUUUUUUGUAGUGUACAGACUUGUCACCCGGGAACAAGUGAGAGAGACAGACACAUACACACGCACUACAGACAGACGCCUAGACAGACACACGCACGGGGGCAGACAGAGACACCUACAGACAGACAGACUCGGACACACACAGACACAAACGAUAAAUGAGGGUGGCCUGGCUUUGCCUUUAUCCUGAGUGCCUCUUUGUUUGAAGUAUUGAAAUGUUUGAAGGGAUUUUGUGUUUUUUUACUUCAGGGCUGAUGUCACAUGGUGCCCAAGUUCUAGUUGGGCAGAGUUGUGCUCUUUGCUGUUUUAAAUAAUAAUAAAAAAGCAACAACCAAA